AUGGGCGCUCUUCACAGAAAGGAAAAUGCGAAAAUUGGAUCGAUUCAGUGUCUUCGUGCCUUCUCGAUCCUCGCCGUCCUGCAAUCGCACAGCAAUUAUGGGAAUCGACGGGGCGAUCUCGGAGUUGACAUCUUCUUUGUCAUCUCUGGAUACUUGAUGGCGAGAAUUCUAUCAAAAGCACCGAUCACUUCCCAUACGAUCAAAGAUUUCUACACGAAACGAAUCAAAAGAAUUGUACCGGCAUAUCUAGUCCUACUUUUAUUGGUUUUACUGUUUUCUCGCUUCACUUUAGAUGAAGAACAACGUGCGACUCUUUCAAUGGAUUCAAUUUUGUGUCUAGGCUUUGUGGAGACCAUUUAUACUGAUAAUGACUACUUCUCUGCAGUUGCUCAUCUUUGGACUGUCAGCAUUGAGAUGCAGUACUACCUCGUCGCUCCAUUGAUCUAUUUUUUUCUCUCCCGAUUUCGCUUUGCGAAACGAAUCGUCUUUUUCUACUCACUCAUCAAGAUCUCGUUGAUUUUACAUUGGGUAAGUGUUUGCUCGAUAUUUUGCUUUUUCAUUUCCAAAGACGAUGAAACUGAACUCGACAUAUUGAUAGUAAACUUCUCAGCUGCUGCAAUCAUCAUUUUCUCACAAAUUGGCAGUGAUCUAAACCAUCGCCUAUUUCACUUCAUCGGUGACAUCUCUUAUUCUCUAUAUCUAGUCCAUUUCCCGAUUUUCUCCUAUUUUUACAUUAGCGAGUUAACUUUUAAAGCAUUUUCUGAUUUUAUCCUUGCCACAUUUCUCAGCUUUCUUGUUGCAAUCGUCUUUCAUUACUCUCUAGAGAAAUAUUUCAUUCGAGCUCCGAACAGACGGACUUUUAUUUUUAUUGGCUUGAUGUAUUUUGUGAUCACUCUCGUUUUAUUGUACGACUACAACGAAGGCAUUUUAUUAACGAUAACAAGAGAAAAUGGGAGUUUUAUGUUUGAAGAA